AUGGGCGUCUUUGAAGGAGGUCAAAUGGAGCUGAAAAAGGCUGUGGAUGAUUUGCGAGACGCCUUUGGUCCCAAUGACUACUCGUUAAUCAAAAAGAAUUGCAAUCAUUUCGCCAGCGCCUUGGUAUAUCGGCUGUUGGGCAAAAAUGCGGUGCCGGGUUACGUCAAUCGCAUUGCCGAUGUCGGUGCUUGUUGUGCUUGUUUGCUGCCGCGACAAAUGCUCGAGAAUGCUCCUGUGGGCGAUCCUAACGCAGCCAACAAUAAUGGUGGAUUUGGAGGCAACUCGGGAAUCAUUGCUCGAGGACCGUCAGCCCCACAGUCCAAUUCCAUGAGAGCCUUUUCCGGAGCCGGGGCGAAAUUGGGCGGUGGUCCCACGGCAAACACUGCCGAAUCGGGAGGACUCAUGGGAUCUCUACUUAGCAGUAAUGGUGCUACCAGCAGCAACAACAGUAAAGCGACAGAUGACUUGACGGAUCGACGAGAAAAAGCAAGGAAGGCAGCAUUGGCCAGAUUGGAAAAACAACAACAGCAAUCCAUCAGCAAUGAAUCCAAAGACAAAUAA